CAGAUCCCUGAAGUCCACCCAAGCCACCCGCUGUAAGCCCCGCACUAGUGGUGGUGAUGAUAAGCAAGCAGGGCCCCUCCUUCUGCAAACACCCGGCGGAUAACGAGCCGAAACGACGAAACGUUUAGGUUGGUUGGCUACAUUUCCAACAAAUUUCACUUCUCCAGCCCGAAUUUAAAGGUCUAGGAAAAACAAAGCACUCACCAGUCCACUCUCACACAUACUUGUGGCAACGUCUUGAUUGACAGAGGGAAAUUCCGUGAGACAUUCCUCUCCCGCCAUUCCGGUCCCGACCCGAAAGCCGCAUCGCCAUCGCCGUGCUCCUCAGUCGUUGAAGAUCGAAACACGCCACAGCCGCCAAAAUGCCGGCACCCCUCGAAGAAGGCGAGACCCGCUCGCCAGGCCACCACAUCGAGCUGGUCGAUGACAAUCCUUCGCCGAAACACGAGGGCGAGACAAGUCCGGGCCUCCGAAACAGCAAGGGAUGGGAUGGGAAGCUGCGGGUGCCGCCUAAGAACGCCGUGCUCGCAAAUCCCGAGGCUCUAUCAGACCCAGAGUACUCUGAUGAUGAGCACAUUGUCCCUGGCGAAGAGGUUGCAGCAGACGAAGACCUGCUCGAUGGCGAACCGCUCGACACGGACGAGAUUAUGUGCACACAUUCGCGGAUACAGUCGAUCAACGCAUUGCAACUGAAGCGCUUCACAAAGGUGGCGCGAAUCUGUCUGCGCCAGAAUUUGAUCCAAGAUAUAGAAGGCCUGUCGGGGGUGGCCGCCACGCUCGAGGACCUUGAUCUCUACGACAACCUGAUCUCACAUAUUAGCCGGGCCGGGCUGGCGGAUCUGACGGGGCUAACAUGCCUGGAUCUGAGCUUCAACAAGAUCAAGCAUAUCAAGCAUAUCAACCACCUGCAGAACCUAAAAGACGUAUUCUUCGUGUCCAACAAGAUCAGCAAGAUCGAGGGGCUCGAGGGCCUCACCAAGCUGCGCAACCUUGAGCUUGGGUCCAACCGCAUCCGCGAGCUCGAAAACCUGUCGUCAUUGACGGAGCUCGAGGAGUUAUGGGUGGCUAAGAACAAGAUUACCGAGCUGCACGGCCUGGGCGGCCUGGCCAACCUGCGCCUGCUCAGCAUCCAGUCGAACCGCAUCCGCGACCUGUCGCCGCUGCGCGACGUGCCCCAGCUCGAGGAGCUGUACAUUUCGCACAACGCGCUCGAGUCGCUGACUGGGCUCGAGCAAAACACUAAGCUCCGCGUCCUCGACGUCUCCAACAACAAGGUGGCCAGCCUCGCGGGGCUCGGGCCCCUGGCCGACCUCGAGGAGCUCUGGGCCAGCUACAACCUCGUGUCCGACAUGGCCGACGUGGAGCGCGAGCUCGCCGACAAGAAAAAGCUCACGACGGUCUACUUUGAGGGCAACCCGCUGCAGCUGCGGUCACCUGCGCUGUAUCGCAACAAAGUGCGACUGACGCUACCGCAGGUGCAUCAGAUCGAUGCUACUUUUGUAAAAACAUCAUGAUAAAAGUAGUGUUGAUAACUUGAUUUCCUUUUUUUCCUUUUCUUUUUUCUACCAUUUCUCGGGAAAGCGGGCUAGGGCUAAGAAGGCAUGCCAGGCUAGCAGCCACGCAGGCCAGGUGGGUAGGAAUUGGAUGGAGAGGCAAGCCUUGAAUUACACCCCGGGUUUAGAAAGCGGAAUUGUUUCACAUAUUCUUUUUGUUUCGCUGAGGGAUGGCUGGCAGGCUGGGAUGGUUGGGGUGAGGAGCGAAGCAGUAGCGGUCGGCUACAGGAGGUGGGAGGCGGUUACAUCAUCAUCUGUCACAAUAG